CCUCAGCUGCGGGCGCAGAUGCGCGACCUGGCGCGGGGCAUGUUCGUCUUCGGCUACGACAACUACAUGGCGCACGCCUUCCCCCAGGACGAGCUCAACCCCAUCUACUGCCGCGGCCGGGGCCCGGACCUCGGCGACCCUUCAAAUUUGAACAUCAAUGACGUUCUAGGGAACUAUUCAUUGACUCUUGUUGAUGCCUUGGAUACACUUGCAAUAAUGGGAAAUUCAUCUGAGUUCCAGAAAGCAGUCAAGUUAGUGAUCAACACAGUUUCAUUUGACAAAGAUUCUACUGUUCAAGUCUUUGAGGCCACAAUAAGGGUUCUGGGAAGUCUCCUUUCUGCCCACAGAAUAAUAACUGACUCUAAGCAGCCCUUUGGUGACAUGACAAUUAAGGACUAUGAUAAUGAGUUGCUGCACCUGGCUCAUGACCUGGCUGUGCGGCUCCUCCCUGCUUUUGAGAACACAAAGACGGGGAUCCCUUAUCCUCGGGUGAAUCUAAAGACAGGAGUUCCUCCUGACAGCAAUAAUGAGACCUGUACAGCAGGAGCUGGUUCUCUCUUGGUGGAAUUUGGGAUUCUGAGCCGACUGCUGGGGGAUUCCACCUUUGAAUGGGUGGCCAGGCGAGCAGUGAAAGCCCUCUGGAACCUUCGGAGCAAUGACACAGGAUUAUUAGGCAAUGUUGUGAAUAUCCAGACGGGCCAUUGGGUUGGAAAGCAGAGUGGCUUGGGCGCUGGGCUGGACUCCUUCUAUGAAUACCUUUUAAAGUCUUACAUUCUCUUUGGUGAAAAAGAAGACCUAGAAAUGUUUAAUGCUGCAUAUCAGAGUAUUCAGAACUACUUAAGAAGAGGGAGGGAAGCCUGUAAUGAAGGAGAAGGAGACCCCCCACUCUACGUCAAUGUGAACAUGUUCAGUGGGCAGCUCAUGAACACCUGGAUCGACUCUCUGCAGGCAUUCUUCCCCGGACUGCAGGUUCUGAUAGGAGAUGUGGAAGAUGCUAUCUGCCUCCAUGCCUUUUAUUACGCCAUAUGGAAACGAUAUGGGGCCCUUCCUGAGAGGUAUAACUGGCAGCUACAGGCUCCUGACGUUCUCUUCUACCCACUGAGGCCAGAAUUAGUGGAAUCUACAUAUCUCCUCUACCAGGCAACCAAGAAUCCCUUCUACCUCCAUGUGGGAAUGGAUAUUCUGCAGAGUCUGGAGAAGUACACAAAAGUCAAAUGUGGGUACGCCACUUUACAUCAUGUCAUAGACAAGUCCAAAGAAGAUCGGAUGGAGAGCUUCUUUCUCAGUGAGACCUGUAAAUACUUAUAUCUGCUGUUUGAUGAGGAGAAUCCAGUACACAAAUCUGGAACCAGGUACAUGUUUACAACAGAGGGCCACAUUAUAUCUGUGGACAAACAUCUUCGGGAAUCACCCUGGAAGGAGUUCUUCUCUGAAGAUGAAGAACAGGAGCAGCAGGGCAAGUUCGUGCACAGGCCAAAAUCUCAAGAGUUAAAAGUCAUCAAUUCUAGCUCCAAUUGCAAUCGUGUUCCUGAUGAGAGGAGAUACUCCCUGCCCUUAAAGAGCAUCUACAUGCGACAGAUUGACCAGAUGGUUGGCUUGGUUUGAUUUGCUCUCCUCUCUCUGGCUUUGUUUUACACCAAACCGAACUGAACCCAGACUGCACAAAAAUGCAGGCUGAAGUGGAAGAGGCAGAAGUCUGGCCAUCCACGAUGGCGUAGGAAUUUCUCUCCAGCUCCUCACCGACAUCUAGUUAAUUCUUACAUACUUUGGUGUUUUCUUUCUGUUCAAUAAAAUGCCCUAUUUUUCUUAAGGAUGUAAUUUGAAAUGAGAAGGAACAUGGAAAUUGGCUUUUGACAUGCUCGUGUUACUAAGCACAACAAAUAGGGCAUCUUUGAUAUUCCCAGCUUCAUAUUUAGAAUCCAAGUCUGUUCACUUUGCCAGCCCUUGAUCCUCCUGCUGCAUAUUGCUACCUCUUUGUUAAAGGUUUGGGAAUGAAAUUUCUGUGCAAAGAGCCUGAGGUUCACUUGGUGUCCCUACUUUUUGCAUUGAAAAAUGUCACUUUUUUCUCUCUUAUUGGAUCACUGGGCUCUCUGCCAGAGGUAUCCAACUGUGAUUUUUGGGUCACAUGAAGGGAAAACCAUCGAUUUGUUCUUAUCCCAAGCAGUGUUCACAGUAUUACAAGUUCUUUGCCUAAGAAUAAUAGUCGAACCAGAAUUCUAACAGGCAGUCUCAAGUUGUCAUGUCAUACUAUGAGAGGUUGUCUAACAUCUUUUGGAUGAUAUUUUGCUUUUAUUUUGAACAUGAACUUACCUGAGGAACUCCCAUAGUUCCAGAACCAGGUGCCUUUUAGGGAGAGAAAAAGAAAAAAAAAAAAAACAAACCAACAAACAAAAUCUAAGAUUGUCUGAGCCUCUGUCUUACAUUUCCUAAUUAAGAAUUCUAAAUGCUGACCAUCUUUAGGUUGGUUAGUUUUGUUUUGUUUUUGUCACUUGUGUCUAGUGCCAAUUAGCUAAUCAGGGAGAAAGAAAUGAUCAGAUGACUUUCUGAUAUCCUUGAGCCAUUUCUCUGUGUAAUACAGGCUUUAGAUUAGUGCCUUAUGGGUUUUGAUUUAGGCCAUUAACUAUCACAGCCACUGCUAUGUUUGUGGCAGUCUUGUUUUGUAUUGCCAUAUAACGGGACCAACAGAGAAGGGGGUUGGCAUGGGUGUUAAUGUGGAAGAUUCUGGAAAUUGCUUGAUUGGUCUUUGCCUUUCAGUUUCUUAUUUUAGCCACGUCUUCAGGAGGAAGUUGUGCUAAAAUGCUUUUUUCCUUUUGGUCGUUAUAUAUCUCCUUAACCAGAACAGAUGGCCUUGUCUUUGAACUUAAACUGAGUGCAUAUACAAAAUACAGCUGGCCUUGAGCCUGGCUUUUGUGCAAUAUCACAGGUGGAAAUGUAACCUGAUGCGAAGGGUACAAGUCUCUUAAAAACUUCCAGCGUCACAUAUAGUGUUUCUCCUUGUCACUGUUUGCACACUUCAAAUGAUGGAAAUGAGUCUUAAGUCAUUGUAUUUUCAGUCAAAAGGGAAAAGUUCCUUCUUGAAAAUUUAAGUCUUUUGAAAAUAGAUACAUAAUUCAAUUAUUUGCAAUCUUUAAAAAGGUAAUUUUCAGUAGUAAUCAUCUUUUUUUAAACAUUUACUAUUCAUUUUAUUUUGAAGCAAAAAAAAAUAGCUUCCAUUUUACUUUCAUUUUAGAAGUAACUCUUCUAGUAGUGUCUCCUCUACUGACCAACAGAAAACUUUCCUUGAGAAUACUAUUUCAUGUCUUUUCAUUAACUCAGUAAAAGUGUUACAUACACACGAACAAGCACCUGUACCUUUUCUCCAGGCUGAGGUGGGACUAUGAGUGACCACUUGGGAAAGUGGGGCCUAUCAGGAAAAAUGAUGAAGUCUUCCCACUUUGUUUUCUCUUUUAGUGCCCUUCCCUUUUCUCCGGCCUCUGUGGCAGCAGUAGUGUGUCAGCGCUCCAAUGUCACCCUUCUCAUCUGGGCCCUAUGCGUAUCACUCUCCAGAAAGCACAAGCAUUUCUUCAUGCUUUUGGAAUGGAGAUCUGUACUUGGGGCACCACUGUGCCUUGAGUGAGGCAGGUUUGUAGGGGUGUACGCUGAUGUGAAACAGUUUAAACCUGUUGACUUCUGGGUACUGGACUUAACACCACUUGAUGAGACUGAGGGUGAGUGAAUUACUUACUAUCUGUUAGUCCUGGUUAUUGAUCUUACAGACUACCCAUGCUCAGGAUUGAGGCUGCAUAGUCAAUGUUGUCUAGUACAGCCAUUAAAAGUGUUAUUUGAGCCAAGUUCCAAGCUUACUGUUUUCUUUUUAGAAAUCAGAAUGUCAGCAGCUAUGAUGUAUUUACAGGCUCGUGCUGUCUCUUCUAUUCUGUAUUCUGAAAUACUGGUUAGGG